AUGAGUACCCCAUUAGGUGGUCAAUUGUCAGACAAACUGCGUCUGGCAGCCAGUAAAGGGCAAACUGGAAAAAUCAAAGAACUCAUAGAAUCCGGUGCUACAUUUGACCCAGACAAGGCUGGAAGAACACCACUGCAUCUUGCUGUCACUGAUGGACAUGUAGAGGCAAUAAAGGCAUUGAUAGAAGAAGGAUGUCCUGUCGACCGGCAGGAUCAGGUGAACGGCAACACCGCUUUACACGAAGCAUCAUGGAAUGGUUACAGUAAAUCAGUUGAUGUCAUUGUCAAUUAUGGACGAGCUAAUCUGCAUGCUGGUAACCGGCGAGGGCGACAUGGUCUAUCAGUAACAGAUGCACCAAGGACAGGAUUUGGACCUCCAUGGCAACCAGAGGGUCAGAUGUCAUGGCAACAACAAGCAUGGAACCAGUGGUCAUGGCAACAACAACUUGAACAGGAAUAUCGUAACUCCCCACAUACAAGAGCACGAGAAAGUCAUUCUUGUGAAAGAGACAUGCCUAGAAGGCGACAACCAGAUGCGGAAUAUUAUAGAGAUGAAUAUGGCAAUAUCCGACAGAGACCAUUGCCAUCAAAUUGUGAUUGUUCUCCUCAUUUAAGAAGACUAGAGAACCAAUUAGAAGCAACUAAAGAAAAAUUCCUCUAUGAGAUUGACUCUGCCAAACAGAUGAUGGAGGAUAAAAUGGCAUAUUUUGAUAAAAAAAUGGCUCACCAAUCAGGUUGUUUAGACCAGUUAUGUCGAGAGAGAAUGGCUGCCGAGAGAACAGAAUGUCUGCAUAGAAUUGAUCGACGUGCACAAAAAGAACAAGCAGAAUUUGAACGUCGAAGUACAGUUAGAAUUAAUGCGCUCAGGCGUGAACUUAAACACUGGUUUGAAGAAAGAUUUAAACAUUUUGAGAACAAAUACGGAGUUGAUGUUGGUCCGUUCAAUGAUUUGGAUGGACCAAUCAAUGAUAGGACCAGUGACCCAGGUCAGGAUGACCUUGAGGAGUUUGACGAACCAGGUGCAAGUUUACUACGUUCCAAGUCUGAGGGUGUGCUGUCUGUACCGGAUCCAAUAACUGCCACUAGAACAUUACAAGAAGUGCGCUAUGCAAAGGCUAAACCUAUUGAAAACAUUGCACAAACUCUUGUGUUGGAAGAGGAUAGUACUGCCAGUGAUGAAAAAGAUCAUCGUCCGGAAAAACCUGAAAAACCACCCAAACCCCCGAAACCUCUUCCACCUCCAAGGACUGUUGGUGUCUCUAUCACACCCGAAACAGGAGCUAUUCCUAAAAGAAAUGAGGGCAAUCCCCGUUCUCCAACACUUAGAGAAGCGGGAGAUCCAGUAUCACAUGCCUAUCACUAUGGAAACGCUGCAAGCCAACAAUCCCCAGGAAUGUUGACAUCCAAUACACCGAAUCAGUCUGGGAACACCGGAACUCCACAGUCUUUAUAUUCCAGGAGUCAGGGGGUGUACCAGACUGGGAAUGUGGGAACAUCAACAUCAUGGAAACCAGGAAAUAGUGUUUCACCUGGAAUACAUGGACCAAGAAAUCAAACCAGCUAUCCACCUGCAAAUGCAGGAACAUCUCACACUUGGAAAACGGGAAAUUAUCCCUCACAACCCAGAAAUCCAUCCCAAUUGCAGAGAACUCCACCACAACCCAGAAAUCCAUCCCAAUUGCAGGGAACCCCACCACAACCCAGAAAUCCAUCCCAAUACCAGGGAACCCCACCACAACCCAGAAAUCUAUCCCAAUACAAGGGAGAUGCAAGAACUAAUGCUCCACCACCAUAUGGUAACCCCAGAUCAAGUCAGCCUCCACCAUACGGUAGUCAUGGUCACCCAUCACCGGUAAUGAGUACAUUCCAACCAUUGAAUAAAAGCAGCAAUAUGCAAAGUUCACCGAGAGCCAAUAUUAGCCCAAUAACUGUAAAUAUGUCACUCGCAAAUCGAUCACCACCAUCUCGUGACUCGCCCGUAAUGUCGAGUCCAGGCUCAUCAAAUUCACCAUUCCCUAUCAACGGCCUACGUACACCAAAUAACCGUGAUAGUAUUGGCUCAACAAGUUCGAGUUCCAGAUCACGCCGUGAGCCGAUUGAUUCCUCACUGGCAAUGGCACUUCUAGAUGAAAGUGCUCCCUCUACAGGUGCUCCAAGUCCAAUCCCUUUGCAACCGGAUGCAGCUGACAGGAGAGCACGGCCGGUGUCAACGGUCGAAGUAAGACCAACACAGAAUAAUUCCUUGUAUACUGCCAGUGGGAAACCACGUCCUAACAGUGAACAUAUAGCGCAUAGUCCUGGUGAGCAAGUCACUCCUAAAAGUCCUGCUGAAAAACAAAAUGGCGGUCCUCAUUAUGCAGUUCUUUGAUGUGAAUGGUGUGAUCUCACUACCCAAUACAUGUGGAAAGCAAGUUUUCAAACACUUUUGCUGGGAAAUUUAUGCAGUACAAUCACACACCAUUUGAUAAUGCUAUAUAAAAUCACUCUUUUGCGAAAACUAACGAAACUAAGUACAUAUAGAGCUGACAGUAUCAAAUGAAUAAAUGCAAGAUGGUCUGGUCUGAUUGGUAGAGCAAAAUAACACCAAAUAAUUUGUUACUGUACAAGACAACUAUGUCAGUGCCAGUGUUCCUUCCAAGCAAAUUGGUACUGAGCAACUUUACUAUUUUUUUCAGGGAAGUCAAAUUAAAUAUUAAUUUUGUUAAUUUUAUGCAAGAUAUUAAAUGUAAAGUUGCAAUGCAAUUAUGUUUGACAGUGAGGUCACUGAGCAGGUGUGUGUAA